UUGACCACCAACUCGAGUCAGACGCAACCUAACAACCAGACGCAACCUAACAACAUGACUGUCAACCCGAACCAGGUGGGUCCCUCUAACAUAACCACCAGCCUGCCUCUGACUCUUCCUCCCAAUAUAACAACCAACCAGACCCUGACACUUCCCCCCAACUUAACAACCAACAUACGCCCUCCCAACAUAACCAACAAUCAGACACUUCCCCCCAACAUAACCAGCAACCAGACCCAGACACUUCCCCCCAACAUAACCACUAACCAGACCCAGACACUUCCCCCCAACAUAACCACCAACAUACGCCCUCCCAAUAUAACCACCAACCAGACCCAAACACCUCCCCCCAACAUAUCCACCAACCAGACCCAGACACUUCCCCCCAACAUAACCACAAACCAGACUCAGACACUUCCCCCCAACAUUACCACCAACAUACGCCCUCCCAACAUAACCACCAACCAGACCCAGACACUUCCCCCCAACAUAACCACCAACCAGACCCAGACACUUCCCCCCAACAUAACCACCAACCAGACUCAAACACUUCCCCCCAACAUCACCACCAACAUACGCCCUCCCAACAUAACCACCAACCAGACUCAGACACUUCCCCCCAACAUAACCACCAACCUGCCCCAGACACUUCCUCCCAAUAUAACCACAAUGCCCACCCAGCAGGUUCCCGUCACUGUGACAAACCUUGUCACACCAUCAGGAUCUAAUUCCAAUGGCAACAGUAAUGUCCCAUCACAAGAAAUCACCAACAGGGAUAACUGCAGGAGGGAUAGGGCAUGUUUCUCUGCUCCACCUACCUGUAAUCCUGGUGCACAGAGUACCUGUUAUUUCAUGUCCACAAGAGCCGUGAGUGGAAGUACGAAUAAUUUUACCUUUGAGCUCAGUGGUGAGACUGCUGGUUACAUCGGAGCUGCCCUCGCCCCGGACAACAGCGGUCUAGGUGCCACAGUCUAUUCCUGUGCCAACUUCAAUGGUUUACUGAAGUUAAUCCGUUCCACAAUGAGCAACCAAAUACUGACUCAGGAUAACACAUUUGUUCCAGGAAGCUUCAGUGGCUCAGUGAUUGGAAAAAAGAUUCAGUGCGUUUUCACCGCAGCAGGUCUAUCCAGCAGCAGGGUUGCACGUGCAGCAAACACACCUACAACCACAGACCCUGUUGUAUCCGUUGUAACGGGCAGUGUCUCAAAUGGUACUCUGGGUGCUCCAGUAACUGCAUUGGUCACAAAUGGAACGGAGAACUUAGGCAACCCUAACAGCACAGAUGCUUCAGUGAUAUCAAACGUGACUGCAUCAAAUACCACAUCAACCACCACUGGAGCCCCAAACACAACAGCAUCAAAUGCCCCUGCGUCGGUUUCCACUGCUUCAUCAAACACAACAGCAUCAAAUGCCACGGCAUCUUCAAACACCACAGCAUCAACCACCAAUGCACCAUCAAAUACAACAGCAUCAAAUGUCACUGCAUCGGUUUCCACCGCCUCAUCAAAUACAACAGCAUCAAAUGCCACGGCAUCUUCAAACACAACAGCAUCAACCACCAAUGCAUCAUCAAAUACAACAGCUUCAAACAGCACUACAGCAUCAAGUACCACUGCUUUAUCAAACACAACUACAUCAUCAAACACAACUACAUCAUCAAACACAACUACAUCAUCAAACACAACUACAUCAUCAAACACAACUACAUCAUCAAGUGCCACUGCUUCAAACAGCACUCAGAGCUCUACCAGUGCUACAUCAAACACCGCUACAACAAACGGAACCGUCAGCAGGAGCAACUGUAUGAAGGACAGAGCCUGUUUUUCCACUCCCGCUAACUGCGAUCCGUCUAACUCCAACGGAUGUUAUUUCGUCUCCACAAGACCAGUGAGCAACAACACAAACAAUCUCACCUUCGAGCUCAGCGGCGCCUCCAGUGGUUAUAUCGCAGUCGGACUCUCAAGCAACAACCAGCAGGGCUAUUGUGACACCAUCUAUUCUUGUGCAAACAACAACGGUGUGCUGAAGUUCAUCCGUGCCUCGCUGAACAACACCGUUCUGGCUCAGGAUAACACUUUUUUCCCUGGAUCGAUCAGUGGUUUGGUGAACAGCACAAAAAUUCAGUGUAUCUUCACGGCUGCAGGUCUGAGCAGCAACACUCGAGCAGCAAACACGAACACAUACCUCUACUACUUCACCGGAAACUACACAAACGGCACUCUGGGCUCUCCGCUCACUCAAAUGAACACGAAUUCAUCAGUGGAUCUGACCAAUGUUAACAGCUCAAAUGUGGUGAUAAUAACACCGCAGUCAUCUACAACCAGCACUAACAGCACUGCGACUACUGCUGCCACAGCCAAACCCGCAACCACAGCGAGUCGUGCCGCACUACAGAACGCUGUGUCUCAAGCGGCUGUGGUGAUUCUGGCAGGGAUCCUCGCCGUAAUCCUGUUGUAAGGACACCAAAAUGACAUUUUCUUUCUGAAACUGGUGGAUGAGCACUGACCGCUUCAUGAACCCAACACUACAGUAAAUCCAGCACACGUCAAUGAAGAAAGAAAGUGGAAAUAUGGGUAAUAGGGGGGAAAUCAUAAAUAAUCGAAUGCCUGUGUGAAUGUGUUUAUGAGAGUUUAAGUUUGCAUUUUAUGUUACACAAAUGAUUUAUCAUAAUCAGUCUAGUAAUUUAACCGUGCAGGUGUGAUGUCUAUAAAUGUUUAUUUAUUCUGUAAGGAAAAAUGCUGCCUCCAAACACUGAUUGCAUGUACAAUUUAAAUAAAGUCUCCUGUAUUUUUUGAAGAAAAAACAAAGAUGCUUAAUAAAGUUCCUUACAUGUUUUACAAGUAAA